AUGGAGGAGGGAGAGGGGCAGGUCAAGGAGGGGGAGGAGCAGAUCAAGGAGGGAGAGAAGAGGCCAAGGAGGGAGAGGAGCAGGCAGGGAGGGGAGCAGGCCGAGGAGGGAGAGGAGCAGGCAGGGAGGGGAGCAGGCCAAGGAGGGAGAGGAGCAGGCCAAGGAGGGAGAGGAGCAGGCCAAGGCGGGAGAGGAGCAGGCCAAGGAGGGAGAGGAGCAGGCCAAGGAGGGAGAGGAGCGGAGAAGGUCAAGGAGGGAGAGGAGCAGGUCAAGGAGGGAGAGGAGCAGGCCAAGGCGGGAGAGGAGCAGGCCAAGGAGGGAGAGGAGCAGGUCAAGGAGGGAGAGGAGCAGGCCAAGGAGGGAGAGGAGCAGGUCAAGGAGGGAGAGGAGCAGGUCAAGGAGGGAGAGGAGCAGGUCAAGGAGGGAGAGGAGCGGGUCAAGGAGGGAGAGGAGCAGGUCAAGGAGGGAGAGGAGCGGAUCAAGGAGGGCUGGUCACGUGGUCACAUGACCUCGCUUUGGUUGCACUGGUCACAUGAUGGCAUGAGCAUGUGGACAUGA